UGUUCAAUUCCAAUCCCAUGCAACAUUCGCAGUGAAAAUGGCAGCCUUAUUUCCUUCUGAAAGAAGCACUAAAGAUGUUAUAAAUUCGAUUUUAGAUGAUUAUGAAAAAUUAACUAAAGAACUAUUCGAAAGUUUAUCUGCAACUUCAUUGUAUCGAAGAACAAAGCAAGAUGCUAGUUCAGGAGAAACAGCAAAGGCUGUUGAUCAGCUUAUUUCAAAGGAGAAAGAACUACAAGCAGCUAUUGAGAAAGUUCAGGAGCAGCAAGCACGACAACAGGAAAUCCAAACUGUGAGAGAAGAAAUUUCAAAGAAAGAUCAGGAAAUACUUAACCUUGAAUCCCAGCUAAAAGAAGCUGAAAAAAUAUUGUCCCAGGCAUUAUUUCAAGCAAAGAAAAAGUUGACUGCGAUAAAUCAGGCCAGUAAAGGAAUGGUUUCAUCUGAAGACUUGAUCAAGUAUGCUCAUCGAAUCAGUAGCAGUAAUGCUGUUGAGGCCCCAGUAUCUUGGAUGCCAGGUGACCCCCGGAGGCCAUAUCCUCAAGAUAUUGAGAUGCGAUCUGGUUGGCUGGGGAGACUCAUGGAGGAUGUUCCUAGAGAAACUGAAGGACCUGGCAGUGAUCUUUCAACUCCCCAGGAAGUGGUGCAGUCCUCUGCCCCUGCAUCACAAAUACUGCAGCCUGCUGGUGGGCUGGGCCUCACAAAUGGUCAAGCAGCAGCAUUUUCCUGGCAAAGCCAGCUUCCAGGAGGGCAGUCUGCAUCUUUACAGCAAGAUGCGUCUUCCAAUUUGGAUAUCCUAACAAACAAUCUGACAAAGGAAGUAGCCAAUGGCAGACAAGAACAAGGUGUGGAUGAAGUAGAAUUCAUGUCAUCAUCGUCAUCAUCAUCUUCCAGCGACAGCCCAUAACAGCUGACUCUGUAAAUCAUAACUAAAAAGAAAUCUAUAAAGGAUCUGUUCAAAGCUGUGGCUAUUCAGUGGAGAGCUGAUCAUGAUUUAUAACCUAGCUCAGCUUCCUAGGUCUAAAUGUAACCUUUUCCCUUUUUUCAAAAUAUGACUGGCUCUCCUGUGUCUUUGGUUAUAUCAACUAAGUAAUUAGUUAUA